GUCAUCCUGGGCGUUGUGUCGAUGGGUAAGGUUGCAAUGCUCAUCAUGCUUGAAGUGUUACCCGUCAUCAACUAUGUUCUCUGUGAUGCCGUCGUAGUAUGGCGAGCAUGGUUGAUCUGGGAACGUAACACCAAAAUAUGUAUUCCCUCCUUCGUCUGUCUUGUUGGGACACUAGCUAGCACCCUGAUAAUUAUAAUCACACAGGAUGAUACAUCCUUCGUUCUUGGAUCCCUGGUCUUGGGCUUCCUUUUGGGCUCGAAUCUGUGGACAACGUCGAUAAUAGCCUGGCGAGCGUGGCGGCACAGGCAAUUCAUUAAGACUCAGCUAGGAGGAGGGACUGCUAGAACAAAUGUGGAGAAAAUCCUUAGCCUCCUCAUAGAAUCGGGGGCGAUAUAUUGCUUUGUGUGGUCACUGUACUUCCUGAUUUUCUAUGCCCUUAGGAAUGGUGCGUUCAUACCAGCCGUUAUUCUUGACCAACUCGCUGCUAUAUAUCCUCUCACUAUAAUCAUCAUCGUUCACAUCCGAGCCGUUUCCUCAAACUGGCUAUCCCAAGUCUCAUCCAUCGACUUCGUCUCGCCCCCGUCUGGAACCGCAGACCCUAAUCGUUACUCGUUUACAUCUGGAUAAAGCCAUGUAUUAAUCUACUAUGAUACCUCCUCGACCUUGCCGAGGACAGUCAGGCUGCUGCUGGAGGCGCCCGCGUCGACAACGUGCCCCAUGCCAUUUACGUGCGUGCGCGUGCAACGGCGGUAGGCGUCGUACGGGUGCUAGUCCUCUGGGCACCUUUUCCUCUUCUGUCUUGUCUCAUAGGGCUCAUACGAUCGUGCCAUGAAUGAAAGCAUGCAAAGCAGUUUAUUUGAACCUUC